GGCUCCAAGCUCCAGCUGAGCUGUUUGACUUUUGUGUGGGCGGUUUGGACGAAGACCAGGAGUUUUAUUUGUCCCCAUUCAAGCUAAAUCUUAUGUAAGACUCCAUGAGGAGGCUACAAGCUGUCUGGAAACUGGGAUACACCAUCACCAUGAUGCUGGAGACCCUUCUGGUCUUCGGUCUUCUUGGCUGGGCGAACUGUCUCGAGGGCCAGCGCAUGACCCUGGAGGAGAAGACCAACAUCAGGCACCAGAUUGUUGAAAUGUUUGACCACGCUUAUGGAAGUUACAUGAAACAUGCUUACCCGGCAGAUGAGCUGAUGCCUCUGAGCUGCAAAGGGAGAGUGCGUGGACAAGAGCCAAACAGAGGGGACAUCGAUGACUCCUUGGGAAAGUUUUCUCUCACUCUGAUUGACACCCUUGAUACCCUGGUGGUGUUAAACAAGCUCGAUGAGUUUGAGGAUGCGGUGAGGAAGGCUGUGAGGGAUGUCCGAUUCGACAACGAUGUGGUGGUGUCAGUGUUUGAAACCAACAUCAGAGUUUUAGGUGGGCUGUUGGGGGGUCACAUUAUGGCUGACCUGCUAAGACAGCGUGGGGAGAGGAUGCAGUGGUAUCGGGAUGAGCUUCUACACAUGGCCACAGAACUGGGCCAUCGAUUACUUCCUGCCUUCAACACCACCAGUGGCCUUCCCUACCCCAAGGUGAAUCUGCGGUAUGGCGUGUUCAACCCACUUUCACGCACAGGCACUGAGUCAGACACUUGCACCGCGUGUGCCGGGACAAUGAUCCUGGAGUUUGCUGCUCUCAGCAGACUGUCAGGAAAGUCAGUGUUUGAGGAACAUGCGAGGAAAGCUUUGGAUGCCCUCUGGGAAAGGAGACAAAAAGGAAGCGACUUGGUGGGGACUGUCAUCAAUAUCCACAAUGGAGAAUGGAUCCGGAGAGAGAGUGGAGUUGGUGCUGGAAUUGACUCGUAUUAUGAAUACCUGAUGAAGGCCUAUAUUCUUCUUGGAGAUGAUGUUUUCCUGCAGAGGUUCAACAUCCACUACAGUGCCAUUAUGAAAUGCAUCAGUCAGCCUCCCUUGCUGCUCAACGUGCACAUGCACAACCCCACUGUGAGCGUGCGCAGCUGGAUGGACUCCCUGCUCGCGUUCUUCCCUGGAUUACAGGUUUUGAGAGGAGAUCUGAAACCAGCUAUUGAAACUCACGAGAUGCUUUACCAAGUCACUAAACUGCACAAAUUUCUUCCAGAGGCUUUUACUACAGAGUUCCGAGUUCACUGGGGCCAGCACUUACUGAGACCAGAGUUUGCAGAAAGCACCUAUUACCUCUUCAAGGCCACUGGUGACCCGUACUACCUCAGAGUGGGACAGUCCAUUGUGGAAAAGCUCAACGCCUAUGCCAGGGUGCCUUGCGGGUUUGCUGCUAUCCAAGACGUCCGCACCGGAACACAUGAAGACAGGAUGGACUCCUUCUUUCUGGCCGAGAUGUUUAAAUACCUGUACUUAAUGUUUUCGGAGAAGAGCCAACUGCCGAUCGAUAUUGACGACUACAUCUUCACCACAGAGGCUCACCUUCUGCCCUUGUCCCUCUCCAUCACUCAGGCACCCAUUCAGCCCAACAUUACAGAAGAGACGCCUGCUUCUCAAGAUGACGAUCUGUUCACAAACUCCUGCCCCAGCACAGAGACGCUGUUCCCCAACAACCCCUCGUUUGCUAAAACCAUCAGGGACGGCUACAAAUACCUCACUGGGGUGGGACGGGCCUUCAGGUCUUUACCUGCCAGGGAAAUCGAACUACCACUCCACGAUAAUGGCAUGGAACCAGUGGAGUUUCUGAAGAGCAUGGGCAUCUCGCUCACCUCCCUGAGAGAGAUGGCUGUAGGAGACGCCAAAAAUCAAAAGGAGCAGAAAGGAAUGUUCCGGGUGAAGCUUGUUGCAGAAAUAAGACCGACACCAGAGGAGGAGGAGGAGGUGGUACCUCAUGCCGUCCAGCUCAUUUCUCCUCCAUUUCUAGGUCGGACAGUCCUCACUGCAGGACCGGCAAAGUUCGGAAUGGACCUCACUAAGCAGGAGCAUGGGGUGAAGGGCAGAAUAGAGAAAGCGUCUCCCUAUAAUGCAUGUGGACCGGUGGAUAAUGCCGCGGAGCUUAAAGACUGCAUCGCUCUGGCUUUACGAGGAGACUGCAUGUUUGCUGCAAAGGCUCGGUGGCUGCAACAGGCAGGAGCCAUAGGAGUUAUCUUUAUCGAUCACCGUGAGGGAAGUAACAGUGAGGAAACGCCCCUCUUCCAGAUGGUUGGAGACGGGGAGUCCUCUGAAGACAUUACGCUGCCGUUAGUCUUUCUGUUUAGCCGUGAGGGCGCUGUGCUCACAGCUGCGCUGGAGGAGCAUCGCAAUGUGGACGUGCUGCUGCUUCCACAAGACCGGCAGCUUGGACACGGUAAAACACAAAAACCCAUCAGUAUGAAUAUAAAACUCCGUCUGACAGAGGAGGGGGAGCUGGAGGAAAAAGCAUCAAGAGGCCCGACCUUGGAGUUUGUUUUGGAGAACGAAGAGGUGCUUAUUCGUGAGGCGGGAGGAGAAGAAGAGCUCCGAGAACAACAGCAGGUCUGCUCACAAGCAGCAGAGGAUGGCAGAACUGAACCGUGUUCUGCAGACUCAACGCAAAGCUUGAACUCGAAAACCGAACCACAUCCUUGACACCGUUUUGAUUGAGCAGCAUGUGGCCCAGAUCCCCGUCACUGUCCUGCAGCACAUCUGAACAGCUAGCAGUUAACAACUAAUGAACAGGAGUCCCACAUACGUCCAGACUUAUCUUGAACUUGAAUACGUGUUCAUAUUUAUGAGGCAGUCUGUGGUGAUUCUGUCCAGAUGUUUUUUGGCUUCCAGAGACCAAACUAAGUUUUAAUGGGCCAAAAAACUGACGGUCAGGAGGGAUAAGUUGCUGCUACCGAAACGUUGCUCAUAACUACAGGUCCAUGAUGAAUUUAUAUUCAUCCCACUCUAGAUAGAAGCAUAUAAAAGCCCCUACCCCAAAAAAUAUAUGCAAUGACUUUUGUUUUUUAUUUAAACUGCACCUUUUCACUUUAAUAAGUGGACUAUUACCUGGCGGUAAUAGGUGGUAGCUG